CAAGAGAAUAUGUUAACCGACAGUUACCUUUCUGUUUCAAGACAGCAAGGAUCAAAAUAAACUCUCUGCAAAAAUUAAGUUUUAUUAUAAACAAUCAAUAGUUUAUUUUUUAUUUAUUAUAAUUUGGUUAUUAUUAUUUUUUUUUUUUGGAAAUUGUAAAACAAGUAACAAUUAAACAUUGAAGAGUUAUGAUGGAUUAUAGAAUGAUGUUUCGAAUAUUAAUAUUUGUGAUAAUGGGGAAAAUGAGUGUGGCUGUAUCAACAGCAUGGAGACCAAUUCCAAGUGGACAACUUGAUUCAAGUAUACUUCAUCAAGAAGCAGCUGUUUUUGGCGGUCAAUCAAAUUUUGGUAAUUAUGAUGAGUCGGCAUUGUCACAACAGAUACUUCAAGAACAAGAUCAGUGUGCAUUGUAUAAAGUUGGAAUGGUUCAACAAUUAUAUUUUGAGUAUAUUCAUUAUAAAAUAAACAUGCCGGAUAUCAAAGAAUUUACACUAUGUGCAUGGACAAAAUUUAUAAAUCAUACAAAUGAUCAUCCAUUAUUUUCUUACGCAGUUGGUGAUCAACCACGUGGAAUUUUAUCAUGGAUAUCAAAUACUCAACGUAGUUCAUAUUACAUGAUGAACAUUGAUGGUCACAAUCUUUAUCGUUUGAAUUAUCCAUUACGUCUUAACAAGUGGUACCACUCAUGUCAAAGCUGGAACGGAAGAACUGGUGAAUGGCAAGUUUGGGUUAAUGACGAACGUGUUGGACGUGGUUUUAAUAAUCGAUUAGUUGGACAUGUUAUAAAAGGAGGUGGAGUUGCAAUAUCUGGUCAAGAACAGCGACAACUUGGUGGUGGAUUUUUAGAGGGACCUGAUGCACCAAUUGGAUCUGGUGGUAUGCUUGGAGAAUUGACAAUGUUACAAUUGUACAGUGUUGCAUUGACCGCAGGAAAAGCACAUAAAGACCACAAACAUCAUCAUGCUCAUCAUUUUGAACAUGAUACCAGUAAUAGAGCACCUUUAUCAACAACAAAACCACCAAUAACUGGACCACCAUUACCUAUGCAUCCAUUUAUAACUGCAGGACAAAUUAAUCAUCAGGUCAAAUUAAAUCCAGGAACAAAUAUACAAAUUCUUCAGAAUGGUGUUACACUACGUCAUCCAAGUGUGCCAAUACCAAAAAUACAAAUGCCAUAUCCACCAAUAAAUCCAACAACUGAAUUACCACCAUUAUCACAAUCAACAAUACAGCCAUUAUUAUACACACCAACAAAUAAUAUAUACGGCAAAAGAUUUCCAUCAUUAAUUAGUUUAUCAACAACUGAAUCAACAAAUGAUUAUGGCUAUAUUGAUGGACAAUAUCAUAAUUUAUAUAAACGUGAUAAAAAUUUGAUAAAACGUAUGAGUAAUGAUGAAGAAAUUACAGAUACUGUUGAUAAAUUUGAAUCGACCAAGAGGAUCAUCAAAAGAAAUGUAGAUAAUUCAAAAUUGAUAAAAUUAAAUGAAAAUAAUAAUAAGACACUUGUUAAACGUGAUUCAGAUAAAAUAAAACGUGGAUUACUACAAUUAUCAGAUGGAUCUGUUAUUGAUGAUACGUAUAUUGUAUCACAAAAUUUAAAUAAUGAUUAUUUUAGUGGAUUAAAAAAUUUUGGUAUUGAAACAAUGAAUAAUAAAAAUAGCAAUAAAAAAGAUGAACGUGAACCAGCUGAGGCUGAGGUUAAAGCUGUUAUGGAUGUUUGUGAUGGUUGUAUACCAGAUCCAUUUGAAAAAGCAUUAAUUAUGGAUUGGCGAACAGUACCAAAAAAAAUAUACUCUGGUGCAUUAUGGAUACCAGCAAAUCCAACAUGUAAAUCAUUUUAAAAAUUUAUAUUUUUUUUCAUUUCGAAAUACUCAAUCAAACUGAUAAUAUAAUAUAUUUUUUUGUUAUUUUUUUAUUUUAUUUUAUAUAAAUAAUUUAUGAAGCUACAUCUUCAAUUUUCAUAGUGCCGAUGACAAUUUAUUAUUUUUUAUUUUAAAUAAUUUAAUCAUGCCAUUAUAAGUGUGCAAAAUUAUGUGAAUUUUUUUUUCUUGUUUUUCGAUUUUAUAUGAAAAAAAUUAUGACGAAUUUGUAAGACAAUAUAAUGAUAAGUUAGAUUUGUAUAAUGAAAAUAAAAUAUUUUUUUUUUGA